CGUGCGUGUACGUGAAGCAGACAGAGUGUGUAGUACGAGCGCCGCGGGACUGACGCCGGCCGGGAUGAAGCCGUUACUUGUGGUCGCCUCGGUGCUGCUGGCCGUCUGCUGUCUGGACGGCGUGGAUUCUUCAGCCUAUGACAAGAUAGUGUCCCACAGCCGCAUCCGGGCCAGGACUGAAGGGCCCAAUGUCUGCGCCCUGCAGCAGGUCAUGGGGACCACGAAGAAAUACUUCAGCACGUGUAGGAACUGGUACAAAGGCUCCAUCUGUGGCAAGAAAGCGAUGGUGCUGUAUGAGUGCUGUCCGGGCUAUAUGAAGCUGGAGGGUAAUAAGGGGUGCCCUGCAGUGGCUCCCAUUGACAGCGUGUACGGCACCCUGGGACUGGUGAAGGCCACCGUCACCCAGCACCAUGCCGACAUCUCCAAGCUGAGGGAGGAGAUCGAAGGCAAAGGCUCCUUCACCAUGUUUGCGCCCAGCAACGAAGCCUGGAAACAGCUCGACCCCACGGUUCGAGCCGCGCUGGUGAGCAACGUGAACAUCGAGCUCUACAACGCUCUUCACCACCACAUGUUGAACCGUCGUCUUCUGACCAAGGACCUGAAGAACGACAUGGAGGUCACCUCUAUGUACAAUGGUCUCGGGCUACACAUCAACCACUACUCCAAUGGGAUCGUGACGGUGAACUGUGCAAGGAUCAUCCACGCCAACCAGGUGGCCACCAACGGGGUGGUGCACGUCAUCGACAGAGUGAUCAGCACUGUGGGCAAUACCAUCAGGGACGUCCUGGAGGUGGAUGACGAUUUGUCCACGUUCAGCGCUGUAGCUUCGGCCUCCGGUGUGAUGGCGAGGCUGAGCAUGCCCGGUCGAUACACCCUGUUUGUCCCUACAAACGCAGCUUUUGAAAAACUGGGCUCGGGCUAUCUGGAGCGUAUCAUGCAAGACAAGGCUGUCAUUCAAGCCCUGGCAAACUACCACUUGCUGAACAGUGUCCAGUGCUCGGAGGCCAUCAUGGCGGGGUCUGUGUACGAGACGGCAGAAGGCAGCACGAUAGAGAUCGGCUGUGACGGGGACAGCCUUACAGUCAACGGCAUCAAGAUGGUGCUGAAGAAGGACAUCGUCACCACCAACGGAGUCAUCCAUCUCAUAGACCAGGUCCUGGUCCCCAAUAAGGCCAAGGAGGUGCUGGAGCUGGUGGGAGAGUCCCAGAGCACUUUCAGUGACAUGGUCUCGGAGCUGGGCUUGUCAGCCCUCUUGGGACCACAGACAGAGUACACACUGCUGGCUCCGCUCAACACCGCCUUCACCGACAAGGUCAUGUUGACAGACCAGAGCCUCCUGAGGGUCAUCCUAGAGAACCACAUCCUGAAGCUGAAAGUCACGUUGGGUGAACUCUACAACGGACAGCUACUGGAAACUCUGGCUGGCAAACUGCUCAGAGUUUUCAUUUACCGAACCGCCGUGUGCAUUGAAAAUGCCUGUAUGGUGCGUGGCAGCAAGGAGGGAAGCAAUGGCAUGCUGCAUCUCAUGAAGUCCCUCAUCAAACCGGCCCAGAGCAGCAUCUACGAGAUUCUGAUCGCAGAUGGACGCUUCAAGAUCUUCCUGUCCCUGAUGGAGAGCGCAGGUCUCACCGACCUGCUCAAACAGGAGGGCUCCUACACCGUCUUUGCCCCGACAGACGACGCCUUCGUGGACCUUAAUGAAGAGGACUUCGCCCUGCUCACCAGUGACGUGAAUGCUUUGAGGAACAUUCUGCUGUACCACUUCAGCAACGGCAUCUUCAUCAACGAUGGGCUGGAGGGAGGAGUCACCAAUCUACUCAAGACCAUCCAGGGACACAACCUGCAAGUGCUGUCUGUCAACAACUCCAUCCAUGUGAACUCUGUGGACGUGCCACGCAAUGACCUCAUGGCAACAAACGGUGUGGUGCAUGUGGUGAAGAACAUUCUCUAUCCUGGGGACCUCCCUGUUGGCCGUGAAGACCUCCUGAUACUGCUGAAGAAGCUCAUUAAGUACAUCCAGAUAAAGUUUGUGUCUGGGUUUUCCUAUGCUGAGAUCCCACCCACUAUCAUCAAGAGGACCAUCACAACAACCACCCAUUUCAUUGAAAGAGGCCCAGAGGUUGUAACAAAGCUGACCAAGGUGGUCGAGUCAGAUCCAACCUUCACCAAAGUGACCCGGUUCAUCGACAGGGAUCCCUCAAUCACCAAAAUGAGAGUCACUGAAACUGAACCCACAGUCACUGAGGUGGUCAUCGACGGGGAGCCCACCAUCACCAGGCUUACGAAGAUCAUCGGCGGGGACCCCACCAUCACCAGGCUUACGGAGAUCAUCAAAGGGGACCCCACCAUCACCAGGCUUACGAAGGUCGUCGAAGGAGACCCCACCAUUACCAGGCUUACGAAGGUCGUCGAAGGAGACCCCACCAUUACCAGGCUUACGAAGGUCGUCGAAGGAGACCCCACCAUUACCAAGGUUACACGAGUUAUUGAGACCAGCGGUGACUUGGAUGCAGAUGGAAAAAUGAAGCUCGAUCAAGAUUUCUCCAAGAUCACCACCAUCCAUGGUGACGCCAGUCUGAUUGAGUCGGAAUCAGAGAGAAUCACCAAAAUUAUUAAAGAGGGAUAUAGGAAUGCCCCAGCCAGGAGACCCCCAGACGGAUAUAGGAAUGCCCCAGCCAGGAGACCCCGAGACGGAUAUAGGAAUGCCCCAGCCAGGAGACCCCGAGCCGGUAUGACGAAGAGGUCAAAGUUGGCCAAAUACCAAAUGAAGCCGAGACAGUGAAUCCAACGAACCCGGCAAACAGACUCGCCGCAGAAUGACAGUGAACGAGCGGCGCUUGUGGUGGAGUAGAGGAGGACCGGACAGCUGUGGACAAAUACACAGGAACAAGGUCCAAACCGCCGAUAUGAAUGAGGGUUUUCUAUAAUUCAUCUGGACCAUAGGUGAUAGCCAUAGUGUUUUAAGAAAAUUGAUUUAAUGGGUAUUACACAUGUAAGUAAUGUAAGUAUGCAAGGAAAAUAUGAACUUUUACUGUGGUGUGGACGAGGGAGAAAGAGUGAAAAAUAUUCUGCCAUGGAGAUAAUUUGUUUUCUGUUUUUUGUUUUUGUUCAUGUGUGUGUGUUUGCGUGUGCGUGUGUGUGUGUGUUCGUUUUUCUUUUCUUUUUUCUGAAUAAAAACCUUGUCACUUUAGACACAGGUGGCUUGUUAAGCUUUUACUAUGCGUUUCAUGGUGCUGGCAUUCUGUACAGUGGAUGCAUUUCAGUGAAUAGAAAGUAAACAAUGUUUUGCUCAUUUACACAAUGCUGUGCCUUUGUAAAAAAAAAAAAAAAAGGAAAAAAAGAAAGGUAAUAAAACGAAACAUGUUUAACCGUUUUUAUUUUACCGUUCCAGUAAAUAGGUUUCCGUGUUUGUUAGUCUGUUUGUUUGCGUCACGACUGAAAUGUUGCAUGCUGUUCAACGUGUUGUGUCCUCACACAGCCGGGCUCGAUGUUACCUCUGUGUCCAGCAGGAAGCCAGCAAGCAGCCAAAAUAAACUGUUGUGCCUUCUGAUGA